GGAAGCGGAGCCGUCACGUGGGGCGGCGUGGGCCGCUGCCUUGGAAACGCGGAGCCCGCGUUCCGGGCGAAAGCACCAGGGCAGGGGUCUCGCGUGGGAGGAAGGGACUGCUCCGGGGAUAGAAUGCUGUGCGUCGGAAGGCUGGGCGGCUUCGGAGCCAGAGCAGCAGCUCUGCCGCCCCGGUGGGCGGGCCCGGGAAGCCUCCAAGCCGGGAUCCGGGCCCGAAGGGUCAGCACCAGCUGGUCUCCCGUGGGCGCCGCCUUCAAUGUCAAGCCCCAGGGCAGCCGCUUGGACCUGUUCGGCGAGCGCCGGGGUCUUUUUGGAGUUCCUGAGCUCAGUGCCCCAGAAGGAUUUCAUAUUGCACAAGAAAAAGCCUUGAGAAAGACAGAAUUGCUUGUGGACCGUGCGUGUUCCACCCCACCUGGGCCCCAGACCGUGCUGAUCUUCGAUGAGCUCUCGGAUUCCUUGUGCAGAGUGGCCGACUUGGCUGAUUUUGUGAAAAUCGCUCACCCUGAGCCAGCAUUCAGAGAAGCCGCGGAAGAAGCUUGUAGAAGUAUUGGCACCAUGGUAGAGAAGUUGAACACAAAUGUGGAUUUAUAUCAAAGUUUGCAAAAAUUACUAGCUGAUAAAAAACUUGUGGAUUCCCUUGAUCCAGAAACAAGGCGAGUGGCUGAACUGUUUAUGUUUGAUUUUGAAAUUAGUGGAAUCCAUCUAGACAAAGAAAAGCGUAAAAGAGCAGUGGACCUCAAUGUUAAAAUCUUGGAUUUGAGUAGUACAUUUCUUAUGGGAACCAAUUUUCCCAACAAGAUUGAGAAGCAUCUCUUACCAGAACACAUUCGUCAUAACUUUACGUCUGCUGGGGAUCAUAUCAUCAUUGAUGGUCUCCACGCAGAGGCACCAGAUGACUUGGUGCGAGAAGCUGCUUAUAAAAUUUUUCUGUAUCCCAACGCUGGUCAGUUGAAAUGUUUAGAAGAAUUGCUCAGCAGUCGAGACCUUCUGGCAAAGCUGGUGGGGUAUUCCACGUUUUCCCACAGGGCUCUCCAAGGAACGAUAGCUAAAAAUCCAGAGACUGUCAUGCAGUUCCUUGAGAAACUAUCUGACAAACUUUCUGAAAGAAGUCUAAAAGAUUUUGAGAUGAUACGAGAGAUGAAAAUGAAACUGAAUCCUCAAAAUUCUGAAGUAAUGCCUUGGGACCCCCCCUACUACAGUGGUGUGAUUCGUGCAGAAAGGUAUAAUAUUGAGCCCAGCCUAUAUUGCCCGUUUUUCUCUCUUGGAGCAUGCAUGGAAGGCCUGAAUAUUUUGCUAAACAGACUAUUGGGGAUUUCAUUAUAUGCAGAGCAGCCUGCAAAAGGAGAGGUGUGGAGUGAAGAUGUCCGAAAACUGGCUGUCGUUCAUGAAUCUGAGGGAUUGUUGGGGUACAUUUACUGUGAUUUUUUUCAGCGAGCAGACAAGCCACAUCAGGAUUGCCAUUUCACUAUCCGUGGAGGCAGACUAAAGGAAGACGGAGACUAUCAACUCCCAGUUGUAGUUCUUAUGCUGAAUCUUCCCCGUUCCUCAAGGAGUUCUCCAACUUUGCUGACUCCUGGCAUGAUGGAAAAUCUUUUCCAUGAAAUGGGACAUGCCAUGCAUUCAAUGCUAGGACGUACUCGUUACCAACACGUCACUGGGACCAGGUGCCCUACUGAUUUUGCUGAGGUUCCUUCUAUUCUGAUGGAGUACUUUGCAAAUGAUUAUCGAGUAGUUAACCAAUUUGCCAGACAUUAUCAGACUGGACAGCCACUGCCAAAAAAUAUGGUGUCUCGUCUUUGUGAAUCUAAAAAGGUUUGUGCUGCAGCUGAUAUGCAACUUCAGGUCUUUUAUGCCGCUCUGGAUCAAAUCUACCAUGGGAAGCAUCCCCUGAGGAAUUCAACCACAGACAUUCUCAAGGAAACACAAGAGAAAUUCUAUGGCCUACCAUAUGUUCCAAAUACUGCCUGGCAGCUGCGAUUCAGCCACCUCGUGGGGUAUGGCGCUAAGUACUACUCUUACCUCAUGUCCAGAGCGGUCGCCUCCAUGGUGUGGAAGGAGUGCUUUCUGCAGGAUCCUUUCAACAGGGCCGCUGGGGAGCGCUAUCGCAGGGAGAUGCUGGCCCACGGUGGAGGCAGGGAGCCCAUGCUCAUGGUUGAAGGUGUGCUUCAGAAGUGUCCUUCUGUUGAUGACUUCGUAAGUGCCCUGGUUUCUGACUUGGAUCUGGACUUCGAAACUUUCCUCAUGGAUUCUGAAUGACAGAAACACGCUAAACCUCUUCAAUCAAGGUGAUGUAGAUAAUGACUUUGUUACGAAUGCUACAGCUGUGAAAGCUUGUUUCUCAUUUCAGUGUUCACUUCUGUAAUAAAUUCGGAAAAACUUUAAACUGAGAGAACUUGGAAUAAAUCAUUUGUUUUAAUU